ACAGUCCACUACGACGGCGUACGCGGGUUUAUUAAUCAGAAGAAGAAAGUAGUUCCGGUAGAAAAAAAUGAAAAUCAAUAUAGCCAAACAACCUUCAAUUUGCCUAACGAAAUUGAAGGCAAUGGAUAACUGGUCCAGCUUAGGGAAUUUGUUAAUUAUGGUGCUGGUGUUACUGUCCUUCCACUAUGCUCAUCGCAAUUCCGUUCUUGUCUUUGAUGUCCUCAUCUUCCUCCUCUGCUCCCUCGGCCUCGUCUUUCGCCAAAUGAAUAUCUCAGUCCCCGAUAAAACCUCGUCCUCGCCUUCAUCCUCAUCGUCCUCCUCCUCCUCACCCUCCUCGUCCUCCUCCGCCUCCUCCACGUCCUCACCCUCAAUCUCAUCCUCAUUGUCCUCCUCCGCCUCCCCGUCAUUGUCCUCCUUCUCAAAAGGCUCGCUCUACGAAGUGUUCAUAAGCUUCAGAGGCGAAGACACACGUAAAAACUUCACGGGCCACCUCCACGAAGCAUUGACAAAGGCCGGAAUCAACGCCUUUAUGGACGACGAACUAAGCAGAGGAGAAGAUCUAACUACCGAACUUGUGCGGGCAAUCCAGGGUUCUAGGAUCUCUAUCAUCGUCUUCUCAAGACGGUACUCCGACUCCAGCUGGUGUCUCGAGGAGCUGGUUAAGAUCAUGGAGUGUAGAAGAACGCUAGGGCAAUUAGUUUUGCCGAUAUUCUAUGAUGUUGAUCCUUCGCAUGUCAGGAAACAGACUGGUUGUUUUGCACAAUCGUUUCUGAAACAUACAGAUGAAAAAAAGGUGGAGAGGUGGAGAGCUGCUCUUACUGAAGCUUCGAAUUUGUCUGGCUGGGAUCUCAGAAACACUUUGGACGGGCAUGAAGCAAAGUUUAUCAGGACGAUUACCAAUGACGUCACUACGAAGUUGAACAACAAAUACUUCGACGUAGCGCCCUAUCAAGUCGGAAUAGAUACUCGAGUGCUAGAUAUCAGUAAUUAUUUAGGCAUCGGAGAUUCAUAUGAUGUUUGUGUGAUUGGAAUUUCGGGCAUGGGUGGAAUAGGUAAAACAACGAUUGCUAAAGCCAUUUAUAAUAGAUUUUAUGAAAGGUUUGAAGGUAAAAGUUUCCUUGAAAAAGUGAGGGAAAAGAAAGUAGAAAAAUUGCAAAAACAACUUCUUUUCGAUAUCUUGCAGACCAAGACAAAGGUAAGCAGUGUUGCUGCAGGGACCGCCUUGGUAAGGGAAAGAUUUCGAGGCUUAAAGGUACUUGUCAUAGUUGAUGACGUAGACGAUGUGAAGCAGCUACGCGAAUUAGCUGGAAAUCGCCACUCUUUUGGCCCGGGGAGCAGAAUCAUCAUCACAACUAGAAACGAACGUGUGCUAAAAGAAUUUGCAGUUGAUAAGAUAUAUCGGGCGAAAGUAAUGGACCAAGAAGAAGCUCUUGAGCUCCUAAGUUGGCAUGCUUUCGGAAGUAGUAGUUGUCCUAGUCAAUAUCUUGUGCUUGAAAAAGAAGUUGUCAAUUACUGUGGAGGAUUGCCGCUGGCUCUUGAAGUUUUAGGAUCUACUCUUUUCAAACGAAGUGUAGAUGAAUGGAAAAGUAUAUUGGAUGAAUUGAAAAUGAUUCCUCGUGGAGAAAUUCAGGCACAACUGAAAAUAAGCUAUGACGGGCUAAAUGAUAAUUACAAGAGGCGGAUAUUCCUCGAUAUAGCUUGUUUUUUUAUCGGAAUGGACAAGAAUGAUGUCGUACAAAUCUUGGAUGGUUGUGGCUUUUAUGCAACAACAGGAAUCGAGGUCCUCCUUGACCGGUGCCUUGUAACUAUUAACAGAGAAAACAAGAUUAUGAUGCAUGAUUUGCUUCGGGAUAUGGGCAGAGAUAUCGUGCAUGCCGAAAGUCUCGAUUUCCCUGGAGAACGAAGUAGAUUGUGGCAUCCUGAAGAUGUAAAUGAUGUAUUGAUAGACAAAUUUCAGGGAACUGAAAAAAUUGAAGGUCUGGCUUUGAAUUUGCCGAGUCUUAAAGAGACUAGUUUCAGUACUGAGGCGUUUAGAAAUAUGAAGAGACUGAGAUUGCUCCAACUAAACUACGUUCGGCUCGCUGGGGGAUACCAAUGUCUUUCCAAAAAAUUAAGAUGGUUAUGCUGGCAUGGAUUCCCAUUGGAGUUCAUACCAAUAGAACUGUGUCAACCAAACAUAGUCGCUAUCGACAUGCAGUACAGCAGCCUCAGACAAGUUCUUUGUGAGUAUUCUGGGUUGCUUGAUAAGUUAAAGAUUCUGAAUCUCAGCCACUCCCACGAUCUAACACAAUCGCCAGACUUUUCGAAAUUCCCAAAUCUUGAGAAAUUGAUACUCAAAGACUGUAAGAGGUUGGCUAAAGUUCACAAGUCCAUCGGAGAUCUCAAGAGUCUUGUGUUGGUGAAUUUGAAAGACUGUGAAACGCUUAAGGCUCUUCCGAGGAGUUUCUACAAGUUGAAAUCUGUCAAAACUCUUGUUCUCGAUGGUUGUUUAAGAUUCCAAACCUUGUCUGAGCACUUGGGAGAAAUGGCAUCAUUGGUCACUCUUCAUGCAGAUGGAACGGCCAUAAAAAAAGUACCACCUUCCAUCGUACGACUAGAGAAGCUCGAGCACUUAUCUUUGAGUAAAUUGAAGUGUUCUUUGCAGCUACCUUCCUUAGGAGGUUUACGCUCUUUGACAAGCUUAAUUUUGGCGGACAGUAAUAUAGAGGAAGUGCAUAAUGAUAUUGGGAGUAGUCUACCUUGUUUAGUGGAGUUAAGUCUAGUUGACAAUAAUUUUGGGAGCCUUCCAAGCCUCAGUGGCCUCUCCAAGCUUCUUAUACUAUCCUUGAAUGGUUGCAGAAACCUUGUCGAGAUUACAGAUUUACCAAAAAGUUUGGGUUUCCUACACAUGGAGGAUUGCUCUGCAUUCGAAAGAAUGCCAGAUUUUUCAGGCAUGUCGACAACAGUGAUUCUCUUUUCCCCGAAACUCAUUAAGUUUCCAGGCUUGGAUAGUGCGUUAAACUCGGGACUCACACUUUGUAUGACAACACACAACAAUGUCACAGAUUUCCUUCUUAAGGAUAGCACGCUACAGGGAUGGACAGGAGCUGGAGCCAUAAUUCUUGUAGGAAGACAAAUUCCCACUUGGUUCAAUCAUGUCAACGAGGGUACCCAAGUCUCUUUUGAAGUGCCUACGGAAAUUGGUUGUAAUGCUAAAGCAUUAGCUGUGUGCCUGGCUUUUGUUCCUCGUGAUUACAUCAGCUCGUAUUAUAUUUAUGUUAUUAAUCACACCAAGGGUACUAGUUUUUAUGUCAAAACAGGACAUAUUUUUCCCUUUGAAGAACUCAUUUGGCUGGGAAAUUUAUCGUUGUCGGAAAUUGAGUUCAAUUUGGAAGGAAGCGAUUUGGUCCACGUUAUUGCACAUGGUCCGGUGAAGAAAAUAGGGGUACGUUUAGUAUGCGACAAACUUAUGACUUUUGAAGGUUCGUUAUUUGAUUACCAUUAUAUCCCUUACGAACGGGCCUUAGAAAAAAUUUCUACCGAAGUUGAUGAUUUUGAUGGGGAUUAUGAAGAUGAUGAUUUUGAUGAGGAUGAUGACAACACGAUGAGGAUUUUGAUGGGGAUGAUCACGAGGACUUUGAUGUGGAGUUUAAUGAGGAGGAGGAGGUGGAACAAGAAGAUGAUGAUGAGCAACAAGGUGCAGAUGGCAUUGAAAAGGAUGAUGAUGAGGAAACUUUCUGGUUUAAUCAGCUAGUUUGCAGAUAGAGUCUGUAUUUUUUUGCAUGCCUUGAUCUGUUUUUAAUAUGUUCUCUCUUUUUGAACUUUCUUGUUUCUGUGGUGCUUUAAUUUAACUUAUUAAUGCAUUUAAGGUUUUUAAUAUGUUCAUAGAAUCCCUCUUCUACUCA